GAUCCUUAGCCGAGAAAACAAUUACACUAAAUUUGAGAUAGAAUACCAAAAAUAACUGUUCUUCCAGUCUUGUCCUAUUCACUAGAGCUCAAGAAUAUAUCGAAUUUCAAUCAUGUGUGAUAUGGAAAAGAAAUUCGACUAUCGUUCAACUGAAAAUUCGAAGUGAAAGUGCGUCACAAGGAAUUAUCGAGUGAUAGUGAUAGGCCUAAUCUACCUCAGGCAAAAACCGAUUGCUCCAGAACCGUGGUAUUUUUUUAUCCCUAGGGAAUAGAGUUGAACUUCUUACUGAUCAGCAUGCAUGCGAUUCACGGCUACAAUAACAGGAUUUCCCUCAAGAUGGCACAUCGUCCCGUUAGUGCAAUGUCGCGUCAUGAAUCGGAAAUGAUCAACCGUAGCCGCCGGGCUCUGUCGUCCGGGUCGCUCACGGAUUCGAUUGAAAAACUACGGCACAUGUGUCUGGCCCGUGGCGCAUCGGGAAUCCUAGGCCUGGGACGCUGCUUCCGCCGGAUGGAUGACGACGGUAACAAGGCUCUCUCGGUGGAGGAGUUCAUCAAGGGUCUGCACGAUACCGGACUGGACGUUACCAACGAAGAGGCCGCCGAUAUUUUCAACAAAUUCGACACCGAUGGAAGUGGCUCGAUCAAUAUGACCGAGUUUCUUAUAUCGAUUAGACCUUUUAUGUCAGACUCUAGGAAGAGCAUCGUUGAGCAGGCUUUUACUAAGCUGGAUAAAACGGGCGAUGGAACUAUCACCGUUGAGGAUUUGAAAAAUGUCUAUUCGGUAAAAAAUCAUCCACUAUACAUCAGCGGAGAAGAAACAGAGGAUGUUAUUCUGCGAAAGUUUUUGGCGAAUUUCGAAGAGAACGGUAAUGCCGAUGGAACCGUUACAAAAGAAGAGUUUCUUAACUAUUACUCUGGUCUGAGUGCGUCGAUUGAUUCGGACGCUUAUUUCGAUCUGAUGGUUCGUCAAGCCUACAAGUUGUAAAUUGUUGUAUAUUGGACACAGUUGUUCUACAUCGUAUCUUAUCAUAAGUCGUUAGAAAUGCAACAAAACUAUUUAUUACUAUUAUUAUUAAUAUUAUUUUUACUGAUACACAUUUUGAACAACAUGCUAUGAAAACAACUUAAUGGAUGUGUUUGAAAACAGUUCAUUGCCAGCGUUCUUCGCUACGUACUGUAUUAUUUUACAUUAGAUUGGUCAUUAGUCAUUGAUCUGAUUUUUAAACUAUAUUGGAAAAAGCAAACAUUUUAAUCAAUAUAUUUAGCCGUUUAGAAUGCAACUUACUAAGAACAAUUGUGACAAUGCAAGAAAAAUAAAUGAUGUUCAAUAAAAGUUCACACUAAGUGUUCAUGAGAAA